AUGUCAACAGUAAACCGGCUGCGGUGUCUGGAGAAACUUGGCGAGGGCACGUACGGCGUUGUGUUCAAGGCUGAGGAUCUUACCACGGGACAAAUCGUUGCGUUCAAGCGCAUGAUGGUGGGCGGGGAGGACGAGGGCGUUCCUGCCACUGCAAUACGUGAAGUGUGCCUUUUGAAGGAACUCAAACACAGCAACAUUGUUUCGCUCCACGAUGUGCUCUUCGAGCCGCCCAAGAUGACACUCAUCUUUGAAUACUGCGAAUAUGACCUCAAGAAGUACAUGGAGAGAAAUGGCAACAAGACGAAGGCCGCUUUGCGAUCGGAGGCGCAGCAGGUAAUGAGGCAGGUGCUUUUGGCGCUGCGCUACAUGCAUCAUCGCCAUGUUGUGCAUCGCGACUUGAAACCUGAGAAUAUAUUCAUCAAUGUUAACCGCGGUGCAAAGGGAACGGGCAAUGGUGUGGUAGGGGCUGCUGUAGCGCAUGGGCCUGAGAAUGAGGGCAGUCGUUCUCAAGGGGCAAUAAGUAACGGCGGUGAGAAGAGAGGGUUGGGUGAUGGAGGCGUCAAUGGCACGGACAGUAGCAACUCCGAUGGCAAUGAUGCCGUGCAGUUAGUUGCGAAGCUGGGAGACUACGGGCUGGCUCGGGUGGAGAACAUCCCAGUGAAAAAGUACUCCCAUGAUGUUGUCUCGCUCUGGUACCGUAGUCCCGAUGUGAUGAUGGGGAGUGCCCUCUACGGCUUUGCUGUGGACAUGUGGUCGGUCGGCUGUAUCUUUGCCGAGAUAGUCACGAGAAAACCGCUGCUGAAGGGUCGUACAGAUGUCGAGCAGCUCCUUAAGAUAUUUCAGCUUCUGGGCACUCCCACGCCAGAGACAUGGCCAUCCAUGCUGAGUUACCCAAAGUGCAAGAAGCUGAUCGACGCGGCAACAAAAAUUGUGCGUGAGCAAAUCGGAUCGCUCUCGCAGGAUGCCAAGCGAAAAGUACAAACCCAACAACAACAACAACAACAACAACAACAACAACAACAACAACAACAACAACAGCACUCAAAUCAGGCCCAGGAGUUGCCGCGACACAAGGAGCAUCCAUGUGACAUCGCGACACGUGGCGAUGAGGUUGGCCUGGCGGGGUACCCCGUGCGACCUUUGAAUGAUGGCAGCACCACAAACGGCAAUGGGACGUCGGAGGCCCAUAGAAAUGGCUACAACUUGCCGUCUGAGUUGUUAUUCCAUUCCACGUUUGACGACUACGUGGAGACGUCUCGAUUCCGAGAAAUCGUCGGUGAGGAAGGGGUGGACCUGCUGCGGAGGCUGCUGUGUUAUGAGCCAUCGUACCGUCUGACGGCUCAAGAGGCGUUGUCACAUCCAUUCCUGAGUAAAGUAAAGCCGUCGGUGUAA